CACUGCAGCCAGCAAACGCUGGUGUAUCCCAUCGUGCAUGUACCAAGGCUCCUGUCCUGGGAGGGGACACCCAGGUCCCAUCUGGCUGUUGGCUGCUGGUGGUGGGCUGUUGUCAUCUCCAGCCUGCAUGGUCCCACCAAGCUGAGGGGGUCUGGCUCCGUCCCUGCUCAUUGCUGGAUGGGUACACUUGGCACUGCUGAAGCUGGAUGAAGUCAAUCGUAGUCUAACUGCCAGUUUGGGAUUUCCUAGAGCCCCAACUGAAUCCCCUUGCUCCUGCCAGGACCCACGCCAGGCCUCCAGAUAGAUCCCUCACCCCUUGCGGCGGAGUGGAGGAGAAGAUCUGGGACGCUGGUUGUUAACUGAGUGACUUCUGGUCCAGGUGCCUGGGUCACCAUGGCGGACGUGAUGAGGAAACCCGUGCACUCGAAGCCUCCGGUGUCGCUGGGCAUGUACAGGAGUUCGUACAAGAGGGACUACAGGUGGUGCGAGGAGAACCAGCCGACCUUCGAGGUGUACACGCAGAAGCUGAAGUUUGCUGAUUCCCAGCUGAAAGCCAAGGAGUUCUCCAUGCCUGAGGAACCACGGGUGAUGACAUACUGUGACAACGUCGGUGGGGAAGGAAGAGGAGUCACCCCCAGACCUGUGGCUGUGCGAGGGAGGAAGCAAGAAGGCAGUGCCUCCAGUCCCCGAGCAUUUCAGCAGGCUCAAGAAGAGCAGCGAAAGCGCUUCGGUUCAGCCCUUCCCCUUGCAGAAAGCUACCUCCCGAGGCCCUAUCCCGCCGCCGAGCUGACAGCAACCCAGGCGGAGAGAUUGGAGAGGCCGCAGGCUCUCAGUGAGCUGGAAAACGAGCUGUCUUCUUCCCAGCGCCUUCUGGCUGCUGCUCGAGCCCCCGGAGCAGCAGGGAUGUUGCUGCGCAGGCAGAAGCUGGAUCCGGGCUGGGGCACCUACCAGCACUUCAUGCUGGAAACGGGCCGGGCAAAGCAACUCGAGGCUCAGCAGAACAAGAACAUGCUCCUGGGCUCCUCUGUUUUGGUGGAAGAGUGCUUUGGCCUUGACCGGAGAAGUACCUACACCACAGACUUCCAGCGCUGGCCUGCAGCCCCCAAUGGAUGCUGCAAAGCAAAUAAGAAUCUUCCGCACGUUUUCCCUGAGGACGAGCACUUCCAGCAGAACCACUGGGUGUCUGAGUACAAGGACAACUACAGCAUUUUCUUGCAUAGGCUGAACCGGGAGUCUCAAGUGCCCACCACAGGGCUGUGCUCUGCCUUGAAGCCCCACAGGCUGUACUCCCAGACUGGAAUUGCACUGGGCACAGCCCCGUAAGCCACACUCCUUGGCUCUCCAAACUGUGUGAUAUUGUCCACCAGAGACCCUGGAAGCCUGGAAACCUCUCUUCCAAAACCCCCAUUACUGAAUACUUUUUAAGUGUUCAGCAGAAACUUUUUUACACAAAUAUUUUCACUGAAAUCUCACAAGAAACCUGAGCUUUUAUUGUUGUCAGAAAAAGGGAUUUUUUUGGACAAUGCAGGUUACAGAGCUAAAGCCACCCAGCCAGUUUCAAUUCAUAUACUCUAAAUAAAAAUUGCCAGUAAACUUUGUCUUA